AUGUCCAGUAAACACGUCUUCGACUCCCCUCAGGGACUUGUGGUUAAAUCUCUACGAGGAGCGGUCGCCCUCAAUCCGUCCUUACGCCUACAUGCAUCAUCUAAGACCGUCUAUCGAGCUGCCCCAAUUGACCAAGAGCCCCAGGCUAGCACCGACCCUCAUAAGGUAACACUCAUAUCUGGUGGCGGCGCCGGGCAUGAGCCCGCACACGCAGGUUACACCGGCCGCGGGAUGCUCAGCGCAUCGGUCUCGGGGGACGUCUUUGCGAGCCCCAGCGCGAAGCAGAUUGUAACCGCGAUCACGCUGGGCCUCUUCGGUGAGGACGGCCGCGGCGACGAGCGGGAGAAGCGCGAGGCGUUAGUGAUCAUCAAUAAUUACACGGGUGACCGCCUCAACUUUGGGCUGGCGAUUGAGAAGGCGCGGGCGCUCAUACCUAACCUUGACAUCCGCUCAGUGGUCGUGUCCGACGACGUUUCGCUCUUACGCGCGCCGAAUCCGUCGUUGAUCGGGCCGAGAGGGCUGGGCGGGAAUAUAUUUGUGUGUAAGGUCCUCGGCGCUCUUGCUGAACGGGGAGCCCCGGUCGACGUCGUGAAGCGCGUGGGGGACGCGGUUGUUGCGAGAUUCGGGAGUAUAGGCGUCGGAUUGGACCAUUGUCAUGUCCCCGGGCGGGUGGUGAGUAAGGCGAAAGAUGAGGAGGAUGGCUCACUGGGUCAGGAUGAGUGUGAGAUCGGCAUGGGGUUGCAUAACGAGCCUGGUGCGAGGAAAAUAAAGAUGAUGGGAGCCGAGACGCUCAUACAGGAUAUGCUUGAGGCGAUAUUCACGUCGAGAGAUGAAAACGGCGGGUUCUGCGAGUACGGAAAGGAUGAUGAUGGUGCAGAUGACAUGGUUCUAUACAUCAAUAACCUCGGAGGCAUCUCGCAGCUCGAGAUAUCUGCUGUCGUCGACGAGACGCUCAACCAAUUAGAAUCAAAGCGGAUCCACCCUCUUCGCGUGUACUGCUCUUCGUACAUGACAUCCCUCAACGCACCGGGGUUCUCGAUCUCCCUCCUCAACCUCUCUGGUGUCUACCGUGACCUCGCAAGCUCAGGGGAGACACCCGUGGAGUCCGAGCUAGACAUCUUACAACUUCUGGACGACCCAACAGAGGCCACCGCCUGGGCGGGAGUCCGUCAGGGCUGGGGCAUUACAUCCCGAUCCCAAUCCCUCGAUCCGGCAGUGAAGAGAGCUGGUCGUCGUGAUAGGAAGGCCGAGGAGAACGACGUGGAUCUACUCGUUGACUCUCUCAAUUACCUCCUCAGCUCGGAUGCAAUCGACACUCAGCCGGAGGAGAGUAACGGGGCGGAUUGGUAUAGGCAGGCAGACGUCUCCCCCAUUCGAGUCAAACGAGGCAUCGAGAAAGCUUGCGAGCAGGUUUUGGCAGUAGAAGCUGAUAUGACACGGUUCGACACCAUCGUGGGGGAUGGAGACUGCGGGGAGACCUUUGCCGCUGGGGCUCGAGCGGUGACGCGAGCAAUGGAAGAGGGAUCCCUCGACGUCGCAUCACUCGAUCCCCCUCAACUAUCCCGAAAACUAGGUGAGAUCCUAGAGGAAAAUAUGGGCGGGACCAUUGGUGCUCUAUUCGCUCUCUACUUCACAUCCCUGUCCACCUCACUCUCUGAUUCCGCCUCCUGGUCCACCGCCCCUCUCUCCGCGCUUUCCUCCCUCUCGUCCUACACCCCCGCGCGACCAGGGGACCGCACCGUCAUCGACGCGCUGCAUCCCUUCUGCUCUGUACUCUCCACAACGCAGAGCCUCGGCGAUGCAGUGAGCGCUGCGAAGGAGGGCGCCGAGGGGACGCGGGGUAUGAAAGCAAGACUAGGGAGAGCCGUGUACGUCGGCGGCGCGGAGUCGGCGGAGGGUAGCAGGAGCGGUGCGGGGGAUCUGCCGCCUGAUCCCGGUGCGUGGGGGGUUGCGGCUAUUCUGGAGGGAUUGUGGCUUGGUUUCAACGAGUAG